AUGAUGGUGGUGGCGAUGGUGGUGGUGAUGCUGGUGGUGAUGCUGGUGGUGAUGGUGGUGGUGAUGGUGAUGGUGGUGGUGGUGGUGUUGAUGUUAAUGAUGGUGACUUUGUUAAUGAGCGGUAAAAUUGGGAAAGUAAGGGCGGAGACUGGACGCGGGUUCGUCUUCUUCCCAGCGCUGGUCAGCGGCCAGGGCGCCAGUGCGCAGCGGCUCAAUGUCACCUGCCCACUGGAAGACUGGGCCGCGCUGGAGGCAGCAGCAGCAGCAGCAGCAGCUCCGAAACCAGCGCCGCUGCUACUGCUGCCCUGCGGCACCGCCACCGUCACCACUGGCGAGCAGCUCCUGGACGCGCUGACUCGCCUUCAAGAGACCCACCAGCGGCUGCUCAUCACACUGGCCGCCAACAUCACCCUACCGCCCACCACUGGGGCAUCAUCGUCUUCCGCAGCAGCAUCCCGGGCCGGUGAAGGAGCUGUAGCUGGCGCCGGCGGCAGUAGCGGCAGCAGUAGUGGCAGUAGCGUCGUCCUCGUCGGCAAUGACACGCUGAUGGUCUCGGAGCCGUCCACCGCCGAGAAUGCUGGCGGUGCCAACAGCAGUAGCGGUGGCAGUAGCAGUAGCAGUAGCGGUAGUAAUCAGGGUCGUGUGGUGAUGGUUUUUUCGGACUUGUCCAUUGUCAACAUCCCGGCCGGUCCUCGGUCUACCUGGCCCACCGGGCUGCUGGGUAACGGCAUGUGGCACGUGGGGAUGGACAGGCGCAAGGACGCCCCUGUGCAGCUGAUUCACCUCCGAAUGGGGCUCAUUUUCAGUGCGGGUCAGGUCAAGUACUUCAGUUACUGGUACACUCGGUCGGUUUCAUUGGUGGCGGAGGAGCGGGCGAGCGCGGUCUGGGUGCUCGGGGUUAUUACCCCGCCGGUGCAGAUCUUUUCGCCAAUCGACGGCAGUCCCACCCUGUUCGGUCUCACGGGUUCGUACAUUGAGAAGUACAACGUAACCGCCACAUCCAUACCGUUUCUGACGCCGCCGCCGCUGCCGCCCGUGGAUCUCUGGUCGGUGGGGGAACCCCCGGUGAUGCCCGACUCCAUUGGCUUUGUGUCGAGUGCGGCGGAUUUGGUUUCGGAGCUGAGCGUGCCCUGGACCGGCCCACGGGUCAUUGUGCUGCUGGCUAACAUUACGUUGGACAAGACCGAAUGGCCCAAGGAGGGUUUUCAGAUGGCCGCGGGUCUAACCUUGUCCGGCCCGUCCGUGGCGGCUUCCAUCAUUGAGGGCCCUCGUACGACACUCAAUGCGGGGGGGAUGAACGUGGCCCGCGCUCCCCCCGGCAUGACCGUGUCAUUCCGGAAUCUCAGGGUUUUCAACGCGUCGGUUCCAAUUAGUUGGGCGCUGCCGCAGGCGCCGUCGUCGCUGCCGGGUUUUCCGGGUUACGACUUGUGGCGUGCACGGUGCCUGCCGGAUUUGAUGGACGACUCGGCUUUCAAGCUGGAGAUGCACGGCUGUCAGGUGGAGGUUCCUGAACUCGUAUUUGUGCUAUUGCAGAUGUACAACAACCUGCAACCGUGCAGUCCAACUGCUACUGCCGCCGCCGCCGCGGACCUCGGGAAGAACUGCACUGCGGUCACUGGCGCGGCCGUGCGGCUUUCAUCUCUACAAACCCAGCUCGGCAAUUUAUUUGAGCGCCUUUUUCGCGCAACGGGCAAAUUCACGCCACUCCACAGCCACUCCAUCCGGGGAUGGCGCUGUAUUGAAUACACCACGAAGGGCUCUCAGCCACUCCGCAGCCCCUCCAUCCGGGGAUGGCGCUGCAUUGAAUACACCACGAAGGGCUCUCAGGUCUCGCUACACCCCUCCAUCCGGGGAUGGCGCUGCAUUGAAUACACCACGAAGGGCUCUCAGGUCUCGCUACAGCAGCAUCUGCCAACCUCCAUGGCAGACAGGGCCGACAGGGCGAUUAUAUCCCAUACGGCCUGUUCGCAUCCGGUCACGCAGCCGGACGCCUCCACGAUGCUCUUCCUCUCCCACACCCUCACCGCCCUUUCCAUGAACACGACCACGUUUCGAGUCAUUCCUAGCACAAUGGAGGAUUUAAAAUCUGAAGCUGGAUCUGAAUCCGGAGCCGGGGGAAGUUUAUCUGGGCCGCUUACUACGUGCAACAUACAGACACUCAUUACACUCCUAAUGGACGCGCCGGGCAAUGCAGUGGCGGCGUCAACGGGCCCGUCACCUAGCCCGUCAACAGGUGCCGUACAGAACCACGCUCUUACAGGCGGUAUCGCCGCAGGCGGCGCGUUAGGCAUCGUCAUUGCGUUUGCCGCUGUCGCACUUGUCGUACGGCGAUUACGACAACGGCGGCGCCGCCUCACGUGGCAUGGCUCAUCGCCGUCGCCCAAAGCGGGGGUGCCGCCAGCUGCGGCUCCUGUGCCCUUGGUGGGCAUGGAGUUGGACGGCGUCGGGGAAGCGUCGUCUGGGCCUGCAGGCGGUGGCGGCGGCGGCGGCGGCGGCGGCGACGGCUGUAGCGCUUUCAGUAUGAGCUUCGCAGCGGCCGACCAGGUCCCAGGCAAGGCUGCCACCAUGCUGGAGUUGUUGUUGGACAGGGGAGCGAUGAUUGGGCCCAUAUCACCACCACCACCACCACAACAACUACCACUCCAACAGCAGCAGCAGCUGCAGCCGCACCAUCAGGCCCGUCCUACCCCGCAUGGGGGGCGUGGGGGGGUGGACGCGAUCGAGGGAAGAGGAAUAAAUGCCCUUCCAGCAGGAGCAGGGGCAGGGCCCCUGCUUCCUGUCGGAGCGGCGGUUGGGCUUCCCGGCAUCGUCGGCCGCGGCAAGAACGAUGCGAACGCUAACGACUUGAACAACGGUAACGGCAACGAUAAUGUGAUGAACAACAACGACAACAACAACCCGAAUCACAAUAAUAACUCGUCGCGGGGCAGCUCGCUGAGUGCGAAUGUGCAGCGGACACUGGCCGGCGCUAUCGACGGCAUGAUCCGGAAAUAUGAGGCGAGUGGUAGUGGGGGCGAGUGGCGAGGUCUCCCGGUCGCCAUCAAGGUGGUACUGCUCCAGGAAGGGGACUCCGCGGCAAGAAGGGAGCGUCUGGUUCGUGAGGUGGCGCUGUCAGCCACUCUCAGCCACCCCAAUGUCGUACCGACGUACCACUACACGGUGCAGCCUGUCGCUGUAGCGUGUCCGGGUGGAGGCAGCUGCGGCUCCCCCGGGGUGAUGGGCCCGGGGAUUCGACCCAGGAUUACGAACAGGCCUGCACCGCGGGACGCUGGCGCUCCCGCCGCCGACGCUGCCGUACCGGCGGCUCUGGUUGAGGAGGCUGACGGCGGCGUCACCGCGUACAAGCUGUCCAUCUUCAUGGCGUACUGCGAUGGCGGCACAUUGCGAGAUGCAUUACGAGAUGGGGUGUUUAAGAAGCCCUGGCCGCCGUCGGCGCUGGCGCCGUACCAGCAAGUGACCGGGCCUGCCGCGGCAGCUGCUGCUGCCGUACGGCGGCAGCAGCAGCAGCACCAGGGGGCCGCAGUGGCGCCGCCUUUGCCGGCAGCGGGGGCAGGGCCCGGCGUCGGCGUCGGCGUCGCGGAGCCGGAUUGCCUCGGUGUACCGCACCACCUGCAACAGCCGCAGUUGGGUCAAGGACUCGCGGUUCGCGAGGGGGCCCCGCCGCCGCUGCGGCGGGUGCUGCAGGAACACGAGGCGGCGGCAGCGGCGGCGGCGGCAGCUGUGGCGGCAGUCGGUGCCGUACCGUCGGAGGCAGCUUCCUUGCGGUCGUUGCGGCCCCCUACGGGCGGUGCUGGGAGGGAGGGCCGGCUGGAAUCAUGGCAGGACCUCAGAGCGGCCCCGAACCAGGCGCUUGCGCUCUUCGCCGCGCUUGACGUUGCGAGAGGUCUGGAUUACCUACACGCUUGCAAUGUCGUACAUGGAGACCUUUCCCUUCAAAAUAUCUUGCUUGCAUCUACGGAGCCGGUAUUUCCGGACGCCGCAAUCAAUGCAUCCACCUCCAGCUCCGCUGUCUUCGCGGCCGCAGCCGCCGCGCUUGCGUCUCAUGGCGGCGGUCCUAGCGCUUGCGGCGGUGGCGGCGCCGCCGUCGCCGCCGCCGCCGCCGGCACGACGAUGGCGGCACGCGUGAUGCAUGGGGUCGCGGACAGGUUACCGCAGAAUGUCAGCGACGGCUCGACAUCUUCUGACGUGACGGCGGCGGCGGCGACGGCGACGGCGGUGGCUACGGCGACUGCGGCUGCCGCCGCCGCCGCGCCUGGCUGCUGCCCACCGAACUCGGUGACGCCGCCAUCACGGCCAUCGCCGCCGCCGCCGCCGGCGGCGCCAGUGCCGCAAAGGGCACGGCUGGCAACCGGCGCCGCCGCCGGUGGCGGCGGCGGCGCCAGCUCCGCCGAUACCGCCCCCGCCGUGUCUACAGACGAAGAUGCCGAGGCCGUGGCGGGCACCUAUAGCACCUUCACUCAGUCUGGAACUUUGGGCGGCUUCUCCCUAUCGACGGAGGAGGUGCCGGCAGUGUCGGCGGCGUCGGUGGGGGGCGGCGGCGUCGGUGGGGGGCGGGUGAUGCCCAUGGCUCAGCGGGUCAUCCUCGUGAAUCCGCUGUUGGGUCAGGUAUUCAAGAUCAGCGACUUUGGUUUGAGUGUACGGCUGGAAAAUGACGAAACGCAUCGCUCCGGGUUGCACCAGGGUACGCCGUACUACACGGCUACAGAGGUGCUCGUGUCGGGGAAAGUCUCCCCGGCCGCUGACAUAUACUCGUACGGCGUGUGCCUCUGGUGUUUGGCACACGGGGUGUCGCUCUGUCAAUUGCGGCACUUGCUGCCGCCCAUGUUCACGCCGGUGGCUCCGACCCUGCUGGGUCACUUGGUUCCGGAGCUCAAUCCCGGACUGAGAUCUUUGAUCAGGAGGUGCCUAUCGGGAGAUCCCCCCAGGAGGCCCACAGCGGCAGCCCUGGUUUCGGAGCUGCAUAUGCUCGUACAGGCGGUCCUGGGUCCCGAGCUCUCCCCCUUGCUACUGGGGGCGGAGAGGAGGGAGCUGGCGGCGGGUCGUACGGUGACGGGGUCGUUAUGGGGGCUGGCGGGGGCUGGCGGGGCGGGUGGGUUUGCGGGUGGGUUUGCGGGCGGUGGGGGUCCCGGAGCUGGGGUGGGUGGAGGGGUCGUGGCCAAGGGGGAUCCUGGGGGGGGCGCCGGAGGGGGAUGA